AUGGAAAGAAUUCAAUGGUCAGAUGAUGAAAUAAAAGAGUUAUAUAUUGAUCAUGAUGAUAGUAUAAUUAUCAUUGGUGAACAUAAACAAAGAUCAUCAGAACCACUUGACUGUAAAUUAUAUUCAUGUAAUUUAAUACGUAAACAACUUGAACAUGAUCUUAAUUCUCAAAGUGUAGCAUCAGAUGAAAAAUUAAUAUUUUAUGGUUCAGAAAAAGGUUAUAAUAAAUCGAAAAUAUCAGUGUUUGAUCAUGAUUUACCAUUACAACUAAUAUUUGAAUCUGGUGUCGAAAUACGAAGUCAAUUUGUUCGUCGUAUUGGUUUAUAUGAAUUAAAUGUUAAUAAUAUGAAUCGAUUAAUAACUCAUCCAGUUAGUCAUGGUGUGAUUAUCACAGAUGGAAGAAAUAAAAAAAUUUGGGCUGUUGGACCGGAUGGUGAAAAAAAUCAAUAG